UUAGACUUUCUUAUCUCAAAUUCUCAUCAUCUUCUGGUAUUAUCAAAAGUAAAUAAAGCUCUGACAAAAGAAAAAGGCCUUGUCUAACUUGAAUCAUAGGAAUGGAUUUCGGCGGCGACGGUGGCCUUUCCUUCUCCGUUGUCCCAACUGUAUACAAGAGAGAAGACUAUAAGCGUACCAAACACGACACCGUUUUCUCCAAGUGGAAGGUUCUGAUAGGUUCGGAGGAUUGGGAGGAUUUCAAGAAGGGGAAAGACGGUGUAGGUAGAUACAGAGUCCAGAACUUACCAAGCAGAUCCUGUCCUGGUCUGUACGAGCUAGGUGUAGUAGUAGUAGCAGUCAACGGAAAGCUUGACUCGGAUGACGUUCUCGCUGCAUAUCUAGGACAAGCUGAGAGCGUUAGAUCUAGGCUUCAGUGUUAUGGACGUUCCGGUGCUCAUUUCCGCAAUCUUAACAACAACCUUGACGGUUGUUGUGAGUCUCCGGAUAAGAAAGCGGGUUUGUUCGAGGACAUUUUCAUGAAACAUGGCUCCGUUGUCUAUAGAUGGGCUCCGAUGGGUUCUAAGAGGGAAGCUGAAGCAACAGAAGGGAUGCUUUUGAGCACGUUUGACUAUGCUUGGAACAAAGGAAGCAACGGGGAGCGACGCCACCUUGAUCUGCUUAACAAGCUUGGUGAUCUCGAGUUCGUUAGGAACAGAAACUCCCGGGUAUCACGUGUGCUCUUUCCUUAUGUGGUUGAAGAAGAGAGGAAGCUAAGCUGUGAUGUUAGUACCAAUUUCCUCACUUCCGUAAUCAAACUCUCCCGAUCCAGACCGCAACUGGUUUCAGACAAAUCUGAUGAGAUCUUCUCAGGUGGUUCUUCUUGUUCUGAUUCUGUCUGUGGAGUCUUUCUUGAAAACGGGGCUUGUUGCAGUAAAACUCCAGUUAAAGGAAGAAAGAGAUGCAUCGAGCAUAAAGGGCAGAGAAUCUGCCGUGUCUCACCGGUUAAACCACAACAGCCGGAGACUUUCAUCACCAGAAGACAAGAUUGCAACACUGAUGUUGUUACAACCUGUUGUGGAGUGAUCUUACCAAACAUAGAGCCUUGCAGUAAGAGACCUGUUCCGGGAAGAAAACGGUGCGAGGAUCAUAAAGGGAUGAGGAUCAACGCUUUCCUCUUUCUUCUUAACCGGACAGACCGUGAAAAAACCGUCAAAGACGCAAAUAAAUCUGAAGAAGAAGAAGAAGCUUCGAAGCCUAGCUUCUGUGAAGCUACAACAAGGAACGGUGUGCCUUGCACGAGAAGCUCUCCUAGAGGAAGCAAGAGGUGUUGGCAACACAAGGAGAAAGAGAAUAUUCAUCCGGUGGUGGCCGGAACACAAGAAAGAUGCGGUGUCAAAGUGUUUGAUGGAUUGGUCUGUGAGAGAUCUCCGGUUAAGGGACGUAAAAGAUGUGAAGAGCAUAAGGGAAUGAGAGUCCUCAUCAUCCCAUCAUCAUGACUUGGUUAAGCUCGCUGUCCCCCCCUAACUGAAUUGUUUGUACUCUAACCGGUUUUGUUUGUUUAUUGUACCGAAUGAAUUAUUUAUUUUAAAUUAUUUCAAUGUUUGACCAAUUUUUUUAUAAUUUAA